UUAACCGCUGCUCGGUCCAGUCCACCUCUCACCCUGCUGCUGCCUCCAUCACACACACACGCACACACACACACACCCACACAGCAUGCCUCCGUUCAACAAAACCCCUCAGCAGAUCAAAGCCUUCAAACAGAGGAAGAGCUUUGCGACACGGAAACAGGAGGUGGCAGGGAUCCGCUCCAAGUUCCCCAACAAAAUCCCGGUAAUAAUCGAACGAUACGAUAAGGAGAAGUAUCUCCCUCCUCUGGAUAAAACUAAGUUCCUGGUCCCGCAUGAACUCACCAUGACUCAGUUCGUCACCAUCAUCAGGAACAGGAUGGCGCUGCUGCCCACUCAGGCUUUCUACCUGCUCAUCAACAACAGCGGGCUGGCCAGCAUGUCCCUCACCAUGGCUCAGGUGUACAAAGACCACCAGGACGAGGACGGCUUCCUCUACAUGACGUACGCCUCGCAGGAGGUGUUCGGACACUCGCACUAACUAACCCCUAAAUAUAUUCUAGAUUUUAUUCCCCGCUGAAGACUAUAUAUCUGCUGUACAAAGAAAAUGAGUUGUAUAUAUUGUAAUAUGUGUUGUAUAUGUUGAUUGUGUGGGAUGGAUUUUAAUGAAAGUAUGUGGAUCCAAUAAAUCUUAAGUCAAACUCUGA